GAAGAAGGAGCCGGGAGCGGCGGGGGCCCGGUGAGGGGCUCGGUGUGGAAUGCAAUUAUGGCUGGCACGGCGGAGGCGAGCGGGGACCGGAGCCGGCUGAAUGGACAGGCCGUGCCCACGAUGCCCUGAGUGCUGAGUGCAGCAGAAGCAGAGGAGACUGUCCCAUUAGCUCCUCCUCCCUCCCUCCCUCCCUCCCUCAUCCCUUUAGUUUGGGUUUGGUUUUAUUUAUUUUGUGGCUGGGUUUGGGCAUGGCCCUGGCCGGAUGCGAGGCUGCUGCAAUGUGGCUCCUUUGGCUCAAGCACCACUUGUCCAUCAAUGUUUGGACCUUGCUGCUCUUGGGGAGCACCUGGCUACCGCUGGCGGAAGGCAGCCCCAAGUCUCCCUUUAGGACUUUCCCAGUUACAGACUGGAGCUUGACACACUUGGUGGUCCACAACAAAACUGGGGAGGUUUAUGUGGGGGCUGUCAAUCGGAUCUACAAGCUCUCCAACAACCUCACGCUCCUGAGGACCCAUGUGACGGGGCCUGUGGAGGACAAUGAGAAAUGUUACCCUCCUCCUAGUGUUCAGUCCUGCCCGCAUGGGCUGGUCACCACCAACAACGUGAACAAGCUGCUGCUGGUGGACUACUCGGGGAACAGGCUGAUCGCUUGUGGCAGUGCCUCCCAGGGUAUUUGCCAGUUCCUGCGACUGGAUGACCUCUUCAAGUUGGGCGAGCCCCACCACCGCAAGGAACACUACCUCUCCAGUGUCAACGAGUCAGGCACCAUGUCUGGGGUCAUCAUCGAGGUGCUGAACGGGCAGAACAAGCUCUUCAUUGGGACGCCCAUUGAUGGGAAGUCGGAGUACUUCCCCACACUGUCCAGCCGCAAACUGAUGGCCAACGAGGAGAAUGCAGAGAUGUUUGGCUUUGUCUACCAGGAUGAAUUUGUUUCUUCCCAGCUCAAGAUCCCCUCGGAUACACUCUCCAAAUUCCCCACCUUUGACAUCUACUACAUCUACAGCUUCAGCAGCGAGCAGUUUGUUUACUACUUGACCCUGCAGCUGGACACCCAGCUCACCUCUCCUGACUCCACCGGGGAGCAAUUUUUCACCUCCAAGAUCGUCCGCCUCUGUGUGGACGACCCCAAGUUCUACUCCUACGUGGAGUUCCCCAUCGGCUGCGUACAGGACAGCAUUGAGUACCGCCUGAUCCAGGAUGCUUACCUGACCAAGCCUGGCAAGGCUCUGGCCAAGUACCUGGGCAUCUCGGAGCGGGAGGAUAUCCUCUUCACCAUCUUUUCCCAGGGCCAGAAAAACAGGGUUAAGCCUCCCAAGGAGUCUGUGCUCUGUCUCUUCACGUUGAAGAAGAUCAAGGAUAAGAUCAAAGAGCGUAUCCAAUCGUGCUACAGAGGAGAAGGGAAGCUCUCACUGCCCUGGCUCUUGAAUAAGGAGCUGGGCUGCAUCAACUCGCCGCUGCAGAUCGAUGACAAUUUCUGUGGCCAGGAUUUUAACCAGCCACUGGGUGGGACUGUCACCAUCGAGGGGACCCCGCUCUUUGUGGAUAAGGAGGAUGGGAUGACCUCAGUGGCUGCCUACGACUACAGAGGACAAACUGUUGUCUUUGCGGGCACUCGGAGUGGGAAGAUCAAGAAGAUCCUGGUAGACUUGUCAGCUGAGAGGAAGCACCAGGCACUGCAGUACGAAAACGUUGUAGCCCAUGAGGGAAGCUCCAUCCUCCGUGACCUCGUGCUGAGCCCUGACCGACAGCACAUCUACGCCAUGACUGAGAAACAGGUGACACGGGUGCCGGUGGAGAGCUGUGAGCAGUACGAGAGCUGUGAGCUGUGCCUGGGCUCCCGGGACCCCCACUGUGGCUGGUGUGUCCUCCACAACAUAUGCUCACGCAAGGACCGGUGCGAGCGGGCGGACGAACCCCAGCGCUUUGCCUCCGACCUGCGUCAGUGUGUCCAGCUGAGUGUCCAGCCAAAGAACAUCUCAGUCACCAUGUCAGAGGUCCCGCUGGUCCUGCAGGCCUGGAAUGUCCCAGAUCUCUCAGCGGGAGUCAACUGUUCCUUUGAAGACUUCACCGAGUCCGAGAGCCGCAUUGAAGAUGGGAAGAUCUAUUGCAGCUCUCCCUCUGCCAAGGAUGUCAUCCCCAUCACCAGGGGCCGUGGGGACAAGCGAGUGGUGAAGCUCUACCUGAAAUCUAAGGAGACAGGGAAGAAGUUUGCCUCUGUGGAUUUUGUUUUCUACAACUGCAGCGUCCAUCAGUCCUGCCUGUCCUGUGUGAAUGGCUCCUUCCCCUGCCACUGGUGCAAGUACCGCCACAUCUGCACCCACAACGCUGCCGACUGCUCCUUCCUGGAGGGACGUGUCAAAUUCUCUGAGGACUGCCCCCAGAUCCUGCCCUCCACCCAGAUCUACAUCCCUGUGGGCGUGGUGAAACCCAUCACCCUGACAGCCAAGAACCUGCCCCAGCCGCAGUCCGGUCAGCGCAACUACGAGUGCAUCUUCCACAUCCCUGGCAGCACCACCCGUGUCACUGCCCUGCGCUUCAACAGCACCAGCAUCCAGUGCCAGAACACCUCGUAUUUCUAUGAAGGGAAUGACAUCAGUGACCUGCCAGUCAACUUGUCUGUGGUCUGGAAUGGGAACUUUGUCAUCGACAACCCCCAGAACAUCCAGGCCCACCUGUACAAGUGCUCAGCCCUGCGGGAGAGCUGUGGGCUGUGCCUCAAGGCUGACCCACGCUUCGAGUGUGGGUGGUGCGUGCUGGAGAAGCGCUGCUCGCUGCGGCAGCACUGCCUGGCCUACGAGACCAGCUGGAUGCACGCCAGCAGUGGCAACAGCCGCUGUACCGAGCCCAAGAUCACCAAGCUGUUCCCUGAGACCGGCCCCAGGCAAGGAGGGACCCGUCUGACCAUCACUGGGGAAAACCUGGGCCUGAAGUUUGAAGAUGUUCGCUGGGGUGUUCGAGUUGGCAAGGUGGUCUGCAUCCCCAUCGAGAGCGAGUACAUCAGUGCUGAGCAGAUUGUGUGUGAAAUUGGUGAUGCCAGCCCAAGCAAGGUCCAUGAGGCACGGGUAGAAGUGUGCAUUGGUGACUGCUCACCCAACUACCGAGCUACGUCCCCCAAGAGUUUCACCUUUGUGACACCCACUUUCUCCCGUGUGGUCCCAGCCCGGGGUCCUCUCUCUGGUGGCACCUGGAUUGCCAUCGAAGGCAGCCACCUCAAUGCUGGCAGCAACGUCUCUGUCACCAUCGGGGGACGGCCCUGUGCUUUUUCAUGGAGAAGCGCCCGUGAGAUCCGGUGCAGGACCCCCCCUGGGCACACCCCCGGGGGCUCCCCCAUCCUCAUCAACAUCAACCGGGCAGAGCUGAGCAACCCAGAGGUGAAGUACAACUACACAGAGGACCCCACCAUCCAGAAGAUUGAUCCUGAGUGGAGCAUCAACAGCGGUGGGACGUUGCUGACUGUGACUGGCACCAACCUGGCCACCAUUAAAGAACCCAGGAUCCGGGCCAAGUACUGCAGCUCUGAAAGGGAGAAUAACUGCACUGUCUAUAACGACACCACCAUGGUGUGCUACGCACCCUCCAUUGACAACCCCGUGCGGAGCCCUCCGGAGCUGGGUGACCGUCCAGAUGAGAUCGGCUUCAUCAUGGAUAACGUCCAAGCUCUGCUCAUUGUCAACACCACCAACUUUGUCUACUACCCAGACCCUGUCUUUGAGCCCCUCAGCCCUACUGGGAUGCUGGAGUUGAAGCCCAGCUCUCCUCUCAUCCUCAAGGGUAGGAACCUGCUCCCUCCAGCUGCUGGUAACUCCCGCCUGAACUACACCGUGCUGAUUGGAGACACUCCCUGCACUCUCACUGUCUCCGAGACCCAACUCCUCUGUGAGUCUCCCAACCUCACCGGCCAGCACAAGGUCACGAUCAAGGCUGGAGGGUUUGAGUUCUCCCCAGGGACACUGCAGAUCUACUCGGACAGCCUGCUCACCCUGCCCGCCAUCAUCGGGAUCGGCGGUGGGGGCGGUCUGCUCCUCCUCAUCAUCAUCAUCGUCCUCAUCGCCUACAAGCGCAAGUCCCGGGACGCCGACCGCACCCUGAAACGCCUCCAGCUGCAGAUGGACAACCUGGAGUCUCGGGUGGCCCUGGAGUGCAAAGAGGCCUUUGCUGAGCUGCAGACUGACAUUAACGAGCUGACCAACGACCUGGACGGGGCUGGCAUCCCCUUUCUGGAUUACCGCACCUACGCUAUGCGGGUUCUCUUCCCAGGGAUAGAAGACCACCCUGUGCUGAAGGAGAUGGAGGUCCAGGCAAACGUGGAGAAGUCCUUGACCCUCUUUGGGCAGCUCCUGAACAAGAAGCACUUCUUGCUGACCUUCAUCCGCACUCUGGAGGCUCAGCGGAGCUUCUCCAUGCGGGAUCGUGGCAACGUGGCCUCCCUCAUCAUGACAGCACUGCAGGGAGAGAUGGAGUAUGCCACGGGUGUGCUGAAGCAGCUCCUCUCUGACCUUAUUGAGAAGAACCUGGAGAGUAAGAACCACCCAAAGCUGCUCCUGCGGAGAACGGAGUCUGUGGCAGAGAAGAUGCUGACGAAUUGGUUUACAUUUCUGCUGUACAAGUUUCUGAAGGAGUGUGCUGGGGAACCACUCUUCAUGCUCUACUGUGCCAUCAAGCAGCAGAUGGAGAAGGGACCGAUUGAUGCCAUCACAGGAGAGGCUCGCUACUCCCUCAGUGAGGACAAACUUAUUCGGCAGCAGAUUGACUACAAAAUGCUGACCCUCAACUGUGUCAAUCCUGAGAAUGAGAAUGCCCCAGAGAUUCCUGUCAAGGUGCUGAACUGUGACACCAUCACACAGGUGAAAGAGAAGUUGUUAGAUGCUGUCUACAAGGGGGUGCCCUAUUCCCAGCGACCCAAAGCCGGAGACAUGGACCUGGAGUGGCGGCAGGGCAGGAUGGCCCGGAUCAUACUGCAGGAUGAAGAUGUCACAACAAAGAUUGACAAUGAUUGGAAGAGGCUCAACACCCUGGCCCACUACCAGGUGACAGAUGGUUCCUCAGUCGCCCUGGUGCCCAAGCAGAACUCAGCAUACAACAUCUCCAACUCCUCCACAUUCACCAAAUCCCUCAGCAGAUACGAGAGCAUGCUGAGGACAGCCAGCAGCCCCGACAGCCUGCGCUCACGGACACCCAUGAUCACCCCUGACCUGGAGAGUGGCACCAAGCUCUGGCACCUGGUGAAAAACCAUGACCACAUGGACCAGCGGGAGGGUGACCGGGGCAGCAAGAUGGUCUCUGAAAUUUAUCUGACCCGCUUGUUAGCCACCAAGGGCACCCUGCAGAAAUUCGUGGAUGACCUGUUUGAGACCAUCUUCAGCACAGCACAUCGAGGGAGCGCGCUGCCCCUCGCCAUCAAAUACAUGUUUGAUUUCCUGGAUGAACAAGCUGAUAAGCAUCAGAUCAAUGAUUAUGAUGUCAGGCACACCUGGAAGAGUAACUGUCUACCUCUACGUUUUUGGGUGAAUGUGAUAAAGAACCCCCAGUUUGUGUUCGACAUUCACAAGAACAGUAUUACUGAUGCCUGCCUAUCUGUGGUGGCUCAGACAUUCAUGGACUCCUGCUCAACUUCUGAGCACAAGCUAGGAAAAGACUCUCCCUCCAACAAACUACUGUAUGCCAAGGACAUCCCCAACUACAAGAGCUGGGUAGAAAGAUAUUAUGCAGAUAUUGCUAAAAUGCCAGCGAUCAGUGACCAGGACAUGAGCGCGUACCUGGCGGAGCAGUCGCGGUUACACCUCAGCCAGUUCAACAGCAUGAGUGCACUGCACGAGAUCUACUCCUACAUCACCAAGUACAAGGAUGAGAUUUUAGCUGCGUUGGAGAAGGAUGAGCAGGCCCGGAGGCAGCGGCUGAGGAGCAAGCUGGAGCAGGCGAUCGACACAAUGGCCUUAAGCAGCUGAGAGGGCAGUGGCAGUGCCAGCACCCCGGGCAGCGGGGCCGCAGGAGGGAGGGAGGGAGGGAGGGAGGACCGGCCAGCAGCACCCACGGGCAGAAGACUUUGGGGCUGCCAGACCUGCGGGAUCCCCCGUGCCUCCGCACGCUUCCCACAGACAAACAAGGAAACCUCGUGCUUUAGUGGAAAACAAAACAAAACAAAACAACAACAAAACAAAACACAAAACCUGACUACAGCAGCAACGUUGAUAAAUCCUCCCCGUCACACAAGAGACAACCCCCUCAACCCACCAAGAUGCAGCAGGGACCUUGCAGAGAGGCGAUGCCAGGCGGAGGAGAAGGGACUCACCUGCCCUAUGGACCCGCUGGGCAUCCUCUGCCCGGGCAGAGCUCCUGAACCCCCAAGGAAGGAGGGAUGCGACCACGGGGCUUCUCGGACAGCAUUUGGAUGUUGUUGUGUCUUUGGUGGAGGGGGGGUGGGUGGACGGGUUCCUAUUUUUACUGUACUUGACUUGCUCUCCCCUCCUUCCCCCCCCCCCCAGCUGGCCACCCCCUCUCUUCCUCCUCCUCUCUUCCUCUGUCUCUUCCUCCUUCUCUCUCUCUUUCUCUCUGGCCUUCUGCCACUAGUGUUAACUGCUAUAUUUGCACAAUUUACAUGAGACAAACAAAAUUUUUAAUUUAAAGAAAAAAACUAUAACAAAAAAUGGGAGGGGAAAAAUAUUCAAAAUUUUUGCAACAUACUAACAAACAGUUUUAAAGAAUAAGCUAAAGGACUGUUGCUGGGGAGGUCUAGGGAUGGGGGCAGUAGGGGUGGGCAGGAAAGGGAGACAUCCCUGAGCUUUGAUAUUUCUUAAAAUGCGUCCUGUGCCAUGUUUUAUUUGAAUGUUGUUUAGUGCAGAAAAAAAAAAAGAAAAAAAAAAGAAAAAAGAGGUGAGUUUUUUUAGCAGGAUAGAUGCUCUUAUUUAAAUGCUGCUGGAAUGGUUCUGGAAGUCACAAUUGGAAAGGAAGGGAGGUCCUGAGGAUGGUUUCCCUUUUCCUGAGGGAUUACGGAGGGAUAGUUGGUGUUUUGUUUUGCUUGUCCUUGUUUUCCUGGUCUGGUGGCCAUGGGCAGGUUUGGGCAGUGCUGCCUCUGCCUGUCCUGGGAUGAUACCGGGCAGAGGAUUGCUGAAGGAUCCUGGGUGUGAUGUCAGGAGAGUUCAUGAAGAUCCAGCCUGUUUUGUUUGGCAGUUCCCCUGGUGUGCUGGAGCAACCUUAACAAAGCCCCUUUAUUUCUUCUCCCCAUCAUCUUUUUGUGCUGAUGCAUGGGAAGGGACCAGAUUCCUGGGGAAAAGAGGAGGCUUCUGACUGGGUUGUCCCCUGGAAAACCCCAUAUGGUGACCAGGAUGCUCGGCCACCACAGGGCUGUCACCCACUCCCCCACCCUGGGAAACUCAAAUGUGUACAGGCCUUUCCACCUAAGGUUGACCUUUCUUUCUCUGUCUUCUUCCUUCUUUCUCCCCCUUUCCCUCCUUGCUUUCACCAUGUCUUCCCUCUGCCUCCUCUGCCUUGCUGGGGGGUUUGCUGGAAACCCAAGGUCUUUCCAUCAUCUGCCCCUUUAAAAUGUCACAUCCUCAUGGGUUUGUGCUUUCCAGAGGUGAAAAGGUGCCGAAUGCUGCCCUAAAUGGCAACAGGUGACCAAAAACUUCCAAAAACAUGAGCAAACCCCUUUCCUUUUCUGUACCUUUUCUGUGCCGAGAGCUCCCAUUGCUGCUCGGGCCACAGCAGAUGGGGCCAAACUCUGCCAGGAGUGGGUGGCUGUCAAAAUCCAAGUGGAAAGAAACGCAGUUGAUUUCUGUCCAUUCCCUUAAAUCACAAGUUAAGGUGGAGAGGGAGAAAUAAUGAAGUUUUUAAUUAAAAAGAAUAAUAAUAAAAGUGUGUAUAUAUAUAUA